AGUCGAUGACGAAGGCAGAAGGCGGUCACCCACCAUCCGUCGACCUGGUCUCUCCUCACAUUUUUUGACCUAUUCAUCAUCCCCAUUCCGCGUGUGUGCUGCAAUCACAGUGAGUGUUCAUGUGUGUGUCUCUGUGUGUAGUGUGUGUGUGUGUGUGAGGAAAUUUUUAUAACCCUGCUGGACUACAUCUUGAUUUCUCCGACCCGUUUUUCGAAUAACACUCGAAAGAUAUAAUCGACAUUCCACUUUAAAACGAUGAACAAUUCGUGACUAGCACGUGACCGGACCGUGACUUCCGGUCACUUCCUCUCCUCUGACAACUGGUCAAAAUGAGUACUAGAUUUUUAUCGUCAUCAGCCGCCGACGUGCCAUUGGAUUGCAAUCUGAUUUCAUUCGUCGACUGACUCACCAACUCUCAAACUCUUCUCUUCUCUCCAGCUCUGCUUUUGCCCUUGGCCAGCUUUACCCUUGGCUGGAAUUGACUGACGUGUCCAGCGCAAAAAAAGAAAAAAAGUGGAACCUCCAAAAAACCUGGUGGUCGUUGGUCGUGGUGUUGUCUAUCGAUCGCUCCUGCCACACACGUAUAUACCCAUAGCGACACACUAACUCUCCAGCAGCCAGCCAGCCAGUCCAGUCCAGUCACACAUACACACACACACGACACGACGGCCAUAGAACAGCAGCGGCGACUUAACUGACACACACACACACAACAGCGAGUCAUUUAAAGAAGAAGAAGAAGAAUAGGAAAAAGGAGACGGCCUUUCUUAUGGGUCGUCGUCGUUCUCUUGGCAGCAGGUUGUUGGCCGGCCUGGCGCUAGUGUCCAUGUCAAUCUGUCUGGUGCUGCUCCAUCAAUUGAGUCACCAGGAGGCGAGAGCUGUGAUAGGAGCAGGAGGAGCAGGAGGAGGAGGCAAUGAAGCUAUUGAAAGGCGAGAAAGACAUUCCCAUCGAUAUUUGCUUAUGGCUGGCGGUGGCUCCAUUCCAGGAGGAGCCGUAGGAGCCGCCGAACCACCAAAGUCUCACGUGACAAAAACGGCGGCAGGGACAGCAGACGACCAUGGGGACGGGAGAGAACAGAACCACAACAACAACAAUCAGUCUCAGUUGAUGCCAAUUUUGGAUCGACGGUUGCCACGGUUACUCAUCAUCGGCGUGAGGAAAGGAGGCACGCGGGCCCUGCUGGAAAUGCUCAACCUCCAUCCCAACAUCGCCAUGGUCCCCGUCGAGGUCCACUUUUUCGACAAAUUCGACAACUACCAGCGCGGACUCGACUGGUACCGGUCGCAAAUGCCCCUGUCCACCGACGCCCAGCUGACGGUCGAAAAGUCGCCCAGCUAUUACGUCACGCCAGAGGUGCCGGAACGCGUCUACGCCAUGAAUCCGCACGUUCAACUCGUCCUCAUCGUCCGGGACCCAGUCACUCGACUCCUCUCCGAUUUCGCCCAGAUCGAAGCCUCCAGGGCCACCCAGAAUCUUCCCAACCGACGAUUCCAGGACGUGGCUUUGCUGCCAAAUGGAGAAGUCAACACCCAAAAUCGGGCCCUUCACGUUUCGCUUUAUGCCAAAUUCUUGUCGCGAUGGCUCCAUGUUUUCCCCCGACGGCAACUCCACAUCGUCGAUGGAGAUCGGCUCAUUCACGAUCCCUAUCCGGAACUGCAGAAAGUGGAGCGGUUCCUCGGCCUGGACCAUCUGAUCCGCCGGGAUCAGUUUUACUUCAACGCCACUAAAGGAUUUUACUGUUUAAUGGGCGUGCCAUCACCAACGGCCAACCUGGUGACGAAUAUUAACGACGACAAUUUCACGUCGAGCAGCAGUAGCAGCAGCAGCGCAUCAGUCGACGACCAUGCCAACUACUACCCGCACCACUACCACCACAAAUGCCUGGCCGGCAGCAAAGGGAGGAGGCAUCCGCAGGUACCGGAUGAGGUGAUUUCCGUUUUGCGGCAGUUCUUCGCGCCGCACAACCGCAAAUUCUUCGCAAUGGUCGGGCAGGAUUUCCAUUGGCCGGAACAGUAGUAACGUCAUCAUUCCACCGAAAAAAAAAAUAAAAGAAUAAAUCAAGUGGCCUAACGAACUCGGCUGUGAUCUUCGACAACAAAAAAACGAAAAACAAAAAAAUUUCCCAAAUUCAUCAUCUUUUCUUCUCUUCUCUCUCCGCCUGUUUGUACAUUUUCACCAUGGCGUCGUCGUCGUCUUUCAAAGCUAAUUUAUAUUACAACAAUAUAAUAUGUAUUACGUGUGUGUGUAAGAUAUAUCUUUCAUGUUGUUUUCUCCUGUGAAAACGAAAAACCGCACCAAUUUCCGAUCUUCUAUUCUCGUUCAAGAAAUGCACCGCACCUAUUUUUUAUCGCCCUCCCUUUUUCAUUGUUUCUUCUAUUCUUUUAUUGAUUAUUGCUCGAGAGAUCUGAUUAUCGCCCGAAUCGAAAGAGAGAACUUACAGAAUUGAAAAAAAAGAAGCAAAAAUCAAAGUUCAACGAUACAAUCGAAUGGCAGUUAUAACUCAACGACUUUUUUUCUAUGGACCCGUUCAUUUUCAUGUGCCACAAUCUCCUGCCAUCCGCCGUCGAUUCCCUCCAAGAUAACAAGAAACUCUGGCGAAUAAAAAAGGACAAGAAAAAGAAAAGAGUGGGGCAAUCAUCCUCUCAGUCAAUAAUUCUCUCCGUCUCUACACCUCCACGAUAAUAAUGGAAAGAGAUGUUGCCGCAUUACAUUCACGUCCAAACAGAGAAGAUGAGAGUGGCUGUCGCGUUUGGAAAGGCGGAGUACUGUUACACCGUCGCUCCUCUUGUAUAUAAACAAAAGGGGCGCGCAGGAAUAGAAGAAAACUCAAAUGUGAGAAAAUGAACAUCUGCGACGUGUCAGUCAAUCCCACACAUAACGCAUUCCGAAUCUCUUUUUGUUCUCCAAAUCGAUGAAUGGCCUCUUGUGUGGGUGUGUGUACAAAUCCAUCUGUCUCGUUUUUCUUUUCCUUAUUCUUUUCAGAUGUGACAUAACAACUAAAAUACAAGAUCUUUAUAUAUUACUAUUACAUGAAUAUAAUAUAUACGUACAUAUAUUUAUCUUUUCGCAUCAAUGUCCCUCCAAUUUUCCUACAACUUGCGUUCGCUAUUAAAUUACUGAAACGAAAAAACAAAAAAAAAUAAUAUAACGUCUUCAUUGUUUUUCCUUUAAUGUUAUCUUUUUCUACAUCAUCAGGUCUCGUCGUUUUCAUAUUUAUGUACUAACCAUACUGAAUUCAUUGAUUUGCUAACAUCAAUAAACCGCAUUGACUGUUUCA